AUGGAUAAACGGGCAACUGCUAAAUCAUCUACCAUUUUCACCUCGGAUGCUGUUAAAGGACAUGUGAAGAAGAAGAAUGGACCAUUACAAGCUGCAAAACGGAAUGCUUCUUUAGCAUCUAAAAUCAAAACUAAAUUAAUAAAUAACUCAUCUAUAUUUAAAGUAUCUUUAAAACAAAAUAAUAAAGCAUUAGCUGUGGCUUUGAGUGUGGAGAAAGAAAAUUCUCGGAAGCUAAAGAAUGAGAAGAUUUUUCUUCAGAAGGAAGUCAAAAAGCUGCAGCUUCAUAAUACCUUGCUUCGUCAAAAGCUAAAAUGUUUGAAUAAAACUCUUAUAGAAACAGAAGCAUUUUUGAAUUAUAAUCUCUUAACUGCAAUAGAAAUAAGCAGUCUUUCUGAGAAUCUUCAGAGUUCUUUUCCUCUGUCAGCUGGUCCAAGUAGCCCUACUGAUGAGCAGUUCAAGAGUACAUCGCAGUCAGCUAGUAGAAAAGAACUGCCGUUGAAGCUUCCUUUAACUGCAAGAGCUAAUAAUACAAAACAGCAAGAUAGCCCUUCUGCAUGUGAAAUAGAAAAUUCUCCUAAAUGUACCACUAUUUUGUCCAAGGAAAUAAACUCAGAUCAAGUCAAGUUUGCAUUAUCAGUGCCUUCUGGUACAAAUAAUCAGAAGUUAAUUGAAAAAGACCCAGUGGAAACAACUGUUGACAAAAAUGUAUUUUUAAAAGAAAAUCAAUUAUGCACAGAACUAACUGGUGAUAGAGCCUUCCUGACUCACGUAAAAAAUACACAAUCUGUAAGACAGUCUGAGGAGCUUACAAAACAAUAUAAUGAUCCUUCAUUGCCAUGCUGUGAAAAGGUGACUGUAAGAAAGAAACAUGCAGUACUUCAUAAGUCAAAAACUCAACCUAAUAUAAAGGAUUUUGAUAAAAAAUGUAGCUCAAAUAAUCUGCCUCGUCAUGGUAUCAGCAGGCACAGCAACACAAAUGACAUGAAUUUGCAGGAAAUUUCAAGUGACUCAUCUCGUGUUACUCCUUCACCUCUUAAAUUUAGCAAGGAAAGUAAGAUAGAUUUUAAGAAUCUGCUUUUUACUGACAAGAUGAAGCCUGAAGAGACUGUUUAUGAUGCUGAUAUGGAGUUGACUGCCAGUGAUGCGGGUGAACUUCUCACAAUUACAGCGAAAGAGAAAGAUAAAUUACACAGAAAUCAAAAUAGUAAUGCCGAUUCAGAUAAAAUAUUAGCAAAUUUCAGAAAAGUAAAAUAUUCUAAGAAGGAUAAAGAGAAAAUUAAAAGCAAGACUGAAGUCCGUUCAAAUUUAUAUGUAGAAGAAAAGCAUGCUAGGGCUGACAAUAAUGAAGUUUCAAAAACUACUGACUCACAAACUCAACUAUUCCAAAAUCAGACAGAACAGCUUCCUACAGAAAACAACUACUAUCAAGCACAGAAUUGUCCAAGUAAAGCUAAAGAUACUAGGGGGACAUACCAGGUCAACUUAAUGAGUCCAAGAAAACAGGAGAAAAAUAAUGACACUUCCUCAGAAAUGUUUGAAGACACAGAAAGCAAACUACAAAAAGCAGCCUCAAACUCGCCUAUUAACAAGAUUCCACCAGUAGUUUAUUGUGCUGAAAAUUUACCAUUCCAGGAUAACAGUUCUAAUGUAUUGUCUUCACAGUGGGACACUCUGCAUACAAAUGAGAAACACAGAAGACCAAAAAUAAACAGGAACACUUUUGAAAACCCUUCUAAAAUGAACACAGCAAAAUACUGCAGAAACGAAAAUGUGCAGUAUUGUGAAUAUAUUUCAGAAAAGUCUCAAGCAGAGAUAUGCCCAUGUGACAACAAGAGAAAACAAGACCAGAAGAAUAUUAUAAAGAGAAAAAAUAACCAAAAAAGUAGUUACCAACAAAGCAGAGAAACUGAAAGUGACAGCAUUCAUAAAAUUACUCAGAAAGAAGACCAGAAGCGUAGCAGAUUAAAACGUACAUUGGCAAAGGCUAGCCGGAAAACAUACAUAAUACCAAAAGAGAAUCUUAAACCGUUCUCACUUUGUAAAAAUGAAGAGUUAAAAAAUAAGGAUGCAUUGCAUCCAGGGGCUGUUCGUGGAAAUAAAGUAAUCGAAACUCAGCAAAUGCAAGCAUCUUUAGUUACUCAGGAUGGUGUAGCUAUGAAUACAUCACAAACUAAAGAACAAGUUGAUGAUGAUGCUAAUACAUUAAAGAACGAUUCCUCAUCAGUGGCAGAUAAAGCCCCUCACAUUAGUAGUUCUCCUGAUAAUCAGGUAAAGGGCAAACAGAGGUCUAGUUCUGAUGCUACUGAGACCAGACCAGAAAAAAAUUAUUUCAGGCAAAUUGAUCAGAGGGAGCAGAAUAUUUUGGAUGACCAGGAAGGCCCCAAUGAGGCAGAUUCCUUAAUGAGCAAGUUAAAGCCUGCAGUUCAAAAAUCAGAAUUUUUAAAUUUCUUGCCUGUUGAAUGUUCUGAGAAUAUGCCAUUAAAUGUAGCUAGCUUUUCCCAGGAAGACCUUUCCAAUGUGGAGCUCCCAGCCCUUAGUAACCACAACGCUUCCAUGAGCUUCUCUAUACUAAAAACCUCUCAAAUCUGUGGGGAAAAUGAUCAUAAAAAAGCAUUGCAUGUUGGAAAAGCAGAACAAAACCUGGAUCAUAUUUCUAAAGAGACUUACAAAAAGAUUCUGACAACUUGUCAUGGGAGAAAGGCUUUGCAAGAUCUGACAAAUACCAGUAUACAACAUCAUACUUCCUUGUCUAAAUCCCCCAAAACAUUUGAAGAAAACUCAGCAACACCAUCUAGACGAGCAAGAGCAACUAUUUGCUACAAAGAACCCAGUCUAAACAGCAAAUUAAGGCGUGGGGAUCGGUUUACAGAUACACAGUUUCUGGAUUCCCCAGUCUAUAAAGUAAAAAAUAGAGUAAGUUUUAAAAGGAAAUAA